AUGUAAGCACCCGUUCAACUCACCCGACCGGCAUCAAGAAAGCGUUGCGGAAACGUUGUUUGCCUUUAGUAUUGGCUGUGACCUGAUCUUGUUCUAUUCCUGCCAUGUCCGCGUUUGCGAAAACCCUGUCUCCCGCUCUCCGUGAAAUUCGCAUCUUUUGCUGCCAGUCAAGCCAAGCUUCGGCGGGCACGCGGCAAUUCAUCUUGUCCACAUACCCAGUCAUCAAGAAACAUAACCCGGACCUUCCUGUCAUGAUACGGGAGGCAAACGGCACACCCGCGCGGAUGUUUGCACGAUUUGAACGCGGAGUUGAGAAACACGUUGAGCUGGACGAUCUCUCAUCAUCGGAUGUGGCGGCCAAUGUUGCUCGGAUAUUGAGCGUCUCAUAGUCACUAUGCUUUAACCGUUGUAUUCAAUUCAAACAUUUCUCUUGCCAUUUGUUGUCUGACUUUUACAUAAAAGAAGUUCCGAGGUAUGCGCAUCGCAAUUUAGCUGCAGGUUUACAUGCGACAUUCAGUCCAAUUAUGUAGACUACUAAUUUGCGCAGGCAAUUGAGACAUUACUUGCU